AGACCAAAUGAACGCAGACGCGAAUAUCCAACGAUACAACGAAAAUCUCUGAAAUAAUCGCACGAUAAGGGACCAACUUCCGGAGAACGAUGUUGGCUUGACUUAUUCUCGUGUGAUUCCCUAUGUUUCCUCCUGGCCAAUUCUGGCGACCGGUUGACCCAUUAACGAAAGCAAGAACUAGAAGAUCAAGAUGGUACGGAAGUCGAUCCUCGUCUACGAUCUGCUGAGGAGCGAACAACCGCCAGACGGUUUCACCGAGAAGGAGAUCGUCGAGCAGAUCAGUGCCAAGCACGACAUCUUGGCCGGAAAGGCACUUCGGAAGCAGGUAGCCGUGGCGCUUCGUCGUGGCGUCGAUUUUGGCAUCAUCGCCAAGAGGAAUAACAGAUUUAGAUUCGAUCUGGACAAUGCAAAACUUAGUACCGCCAGACGCGAGACUUCAUCUCGUAGGAACAGGAGUCGAGGGAAAAAUAAGGUUCGAAGUGUUAAGAGGAGGACGAAGUCGAGACAACGACCGAACAACACGAGAAGUAAAAGCCGCAAUCAAAAACGACCGAUACAACCGCCAAAUUUGCCAAAAUCGUGGACACCGAACAAAAGAAACUUGGCUGACGAGCCACUGUCCAAAGUGAAGAAGAUUUAAUUAGCUAUCAACUUUUUUCGCGUAGUUGUGUUUCAUAGAAACGUUCUUCAAGCAUAUUUUAAUAACUUUUUACUCCGAUUUUUCUUUUACAUCUAG